AUGCGCCUCCUCGAGACCACCCCCACUUCCGCCUCCUCCCCGGUCCCGGCCAUGCGGGAAUUCGUCGGCGCGCAGAUCCCGCCCUACGCCAUCCUCUCGCACACCUGGGCCGACGAAGAAGUGACGCUGCAGCAGCUGCAGCACGGCGCGAGCGCCGGCCCCGGCACCGCUGCCGCCAUGUCUCUCCAAGCGCGGGCCGGCUUCCGCAAGGUCCAGCAGACCUGCGCGCUGGCGCGCACGCGCGACGGGCUCGCCUACGCCUGGGUCGACACGUGCUGCAUCGACAAGCGCAGCAGCGCCGAGCUGACCGAGGCCAUCAACUCCAUGUACGCGUGGUACCGCGACGCGGCGGUGUGCUACGUCUUCCUGUCCGACCUGGAGCCGUCCGCGUUCGCCGCGGGCGCAGGAGGUGCAAGCGCCGGCGGCGGCAGCGAGGCGGCCGCCGACGAGCUCGCGCGCGCGCUGCCCGCCUGCCGCUGGUUCACGCGCGGUUGGACGCUGCAGGAGCUGCUCGCGCCGCGGGAGGUCCUGUUUUUCGACAAGAGCUGGAACUACAGGGGGAGCAAGGCGGGCCUGGCCGGGCUGCUGAGCAGGAUCACGGGGAUUCCCGAGGCGCUGCUGCGCGGGGACGCCGAGCUGGGCGACUACGCUGUGGCCCGGCGGAUGUCGUGGGCGGCGCGGCGCGAGACCACGCGCGUGGAGGACCUGGCGUACUGCCUGCUGGGGAUAUUCGACGUGAACAUGUCGCUCAUCUACGGCGAGGGGCUGAAGGCGUUCGAGCGGCUGCAGGCGGCGAUCGUGCAGUCGACGGCGGACCUGAGCAUCUUCGCCUGGACGGACGACCGGAACCCGAGUCCGAUGUACGCGCCGAUGCUGGCCGAGUCGCCGCGCCAGUUCGCCUGGUGCAGCAGCAUCGAGGCGGCGCAGGGUGAUUCGGUGUAUGCCAACUUCGCCGUCAUCACCAGGGGCGUGCAGACUGAUGCGAGCCUUCUUCAGGGGCGUUGGCUGGUGCUGGACGUGCGUUGCAGUGUGGGCAACCGCCGCGUCGGAAUCUGCCUGCGCAAGAUCGCCGGGGGGCUGUAUGCGAGGUACAAGCCCAGCAUGGCGCUCAAGCUGGACACCCAGGCGUCCAAAGCGUACACGCGCCUGUCGCUCGAAACGAUCACUCUCGCUACUAGGCUUCCGCGUCGGUAUCCGUUCCACAAGGGCGACGAUCCCGUGCUCGGGAACCGGUUUUCGGCGAUCCGCAUCGACUGGGGGACGCUUCGGGCGUGGAGCCGCGGGAUCAAGCCGCGGAGCCACUGGGACGCGCAGGACCGCGCAUUCUUCAGCUGCAACAAGACGUCGUGGGGCUGGUGUGUGUGGAUCUCCAGGAUUGAGCUGCCCAGGGGCGACAACAGCUCGAGUCCGCCGGUGUAUCUGAACCUGCUGGUUGGCUGCUUCCAAUGGAGCGUGGGAUCACCGACCGUCCUGGUCGUCAUGCUGGACCACGUUGACCCGAUCGCACUGACGUUGCUAGAGUCGCAGCUGGAUCUUGUCAAGUUCGAAGACUCAUCGCAGGCAUUCAAUCUGAUCCGCAACAUUGUCGCGGGCAAGCUCGAGGAGAACCAAACGGCCCACGGCACCGGGGCGACGGCGUACACCGUCCGCUACUGGGAUCGCGCCAAGGGGUCGGACAAGUCCGACGGACCAGAGACGAGAGUGACGGUCAGCCUUGAGCGAAGAUCGUACCCGAGCAUCUGCGUCAACCCGGUCAAGGUGUUGAAGGUGGGCCUCGUGGAGGAUGUGCCGGACGCGGUUGCAGCGAUCGGCGAGCAAUUAGCGGCUGUGUGA